AUGGCCACGUCCCUCCGAGUGGGCCCAGCCGGCCUCUCCAACCGCGAGAAAAGGGGGAAGGGGGAGAAGAAAACAGCAACUGCCGAUGUAGCAGGACAGGCAGACGAAACUAACGAUAUCUCGGAGAGAGAGGGGAAUUGCUUUAUUCCAAAACCAGAAAACCCCGACAACCAAGAAUUAAAGAACCAGAUUUACACAAGAGCAGCCUCCACGGCCCGGCACCUGUCCCUGUACAGCAGGGCCGGCGUGGGCUCCAUGCCCAAGGUGCCCUGGAGCCGGCAGCCCUGCGGGGUCCAGCCCGGCCACUUCAGCCGCGGCUCGGGCACCGGGGCCCGCCGGGUGCUGCCCGCCAUCGAGGCACCCAAGGCGGUCGAAAAGGACCAAGACGAGAGCCAGAAGAUGACUCCACAGAGGCAGCAGGACCUGCACCUCAUCGCUGCGCAGGUCGCCACUGGCACCGACAACCACUGAAGGAGCCAAAAAAUCAUCCCCCAGAUCUCCUACUCCUAAAACUAGCAAAGCUUUGGAGAAAAUUGCCGAUGUUCUGCAAAAUAGAGAAACGCGUCACUAUGUUCCAGAUAAACCUUUUUUCCUUGCAGUUCUAGGACAAAUGCUGAGACAGUAUGGCCUCAUUUUCCAAUGGGAUUCCUCUCAAAAUGAUCCUUUGUUAAUAAUUGAAUGGGUUUUUCUUUCUUACAGGUCAUCAAAGACAAUCUUCACAUCUUUAGAGAUGAUUUCUCAAAUUAUCAUUAAGGGCAGAGCAAGGCUUCUCUCUAUAGCAGGUUGCGAAUUUGUAAUCAUCUAUUUACCUAUGAUUAAAUCCUAUUUUGAUUGGGCCAUGCAAAAGUCAGAAGAUUUGCUCCAUGCCUUGUUAGAUUUUCCAGGUGUUUGCUCCAUUCAUUACCCAGCACACAAACUGAUCAAAGCUAAAUUGUGCUACAAAGAGAAACCCCUUAUCAGUGAAGAACCUUUAGAUGCAGUUACUCUUUUCACUGAUGGGUCAGGACAAACACACAAAGC